CCUUCCCUUCCCAGCCAAUCGCUCCGUCCCGUCCUUCCCGUCCCAACCAAUCGCUCCGCCCCGCCCUUCCCGUCCCAGCCAAUCGCUCCGCCGCGUCCUUCCCGUCCCAGCCAAUCGCUCCGCUCCAUCCUUCCCAGCCAAUCGCUCCGCCCCGUCCUUCCCUUCCCAGCCAAUCGCUCCGUCCCGUCCUUCCCGUCCCAACCAAUCGCUCCGCCCCGUCCUUCCCGUCCCAGCCAAUCGCUCCGCCCCGCCCAUCCCUUCCCAACCAAUCGCUCCGCCCCGUCCUUCCCCUCCCAGCCAAUCGGAGCGCAAGGGCUGAGGGCGGGAGGCGGGGCGCGGCAGCCUCCGCCACCACGUGGCGUCUGUCGUUUCCCGCGAGGGCGGCCGGACCCCGGGACCCCAUUAGGCAUUAAAAGUUGAGCAAACGACAGUGUCCGUAUUUAGAUUUCCAUCCCUUCGGAUGCCGUUGUCGAUAUGGAGAAGAUGGAGGAGCAGCUGGCGAACCUGCACAUUGCUAAACGUUCUUCAGUGACCAAAGAGCCCACUUACCUACUGGAAAUAGACAUAUCAAGACCUGCUCUCAAUGGCUUGGUGGCCGUUUCAUGUUCCAACAAAUCAAUUAGAUUAUACGACCAGCAGACACUGCACUUGCAGCGGGAGUUCAGCGUACACCCUGGGCUGCUUAGCGGAGUUAAGUUUGCCCAUUCAGGUGAUAAUUUAUUAUUUUCGGCAUGUUCGGACGGCACCGUAAAAUGCUGGGACACUCGCUUACCCGGUGAAGCUGAGGCACGGCUGUUCAAGGGUUACCCUUCGAACGUUUUCAUCAGCUUCGACAUCAGCUGCGAUGACCGCGUAGUUUGCGCCGGCACAGAGAAAGUUGACGACGACGCCUUAAUGGUAUUUUGGGAUGUAAGAGGCGGUACCAAAAGAGCCUCCCCAACCACACCCCCCCUAGGUGUUUAUUCAGAGUCUCACAACGAUGACAUCACUCAAGUCUGUUUCCAUCCUAACGACCCGAAUACGAUCGUUUCCGGAUCGACCGACGGACUGGUCAACGUGUUUGACGUCGGCCGGGACAACGAGGACGACGCCCUGACCGCAACCUGCAACUCCGACUCGUCCGUAAGUUUUAUCGGUUGGGCCGGGAAGGAUUUGAGACAGGUCUACUGCGUGACCCACGACGAGGGAUUCUAUUGGUGGGACCUUGCUCGUUUAGAUUCCGAUGAACCGAUAACCCGAUUGAGCAUCCAGGAUGUCAGAGAAGUGGCCGAUGUAAAAAAUGACCACUUGCACUACCUGAUUGGUGGAGUGUAUCACGAAAAGACCGAUCGACUGUUAGUUCUUGGAGGAACAAGCGCAGGAAAUGUGCACUUAAUGAGCUGUUGCACCUCUGGCUCCGGACUGCUCCACACGGGCAGCCUCCAAGGAGGACAUUCUGCUACCGUGCGUUCCUUCUGCUGGAACCCGGAGGGUGACUCUUUGCUGACUGGGGGAGAGGACGGUCAGCUGGUACUCUGGAAACCUGGCGCUGCCCAACGGAGCCCGGCCAAGAAGGGUGCCCUGAAAAUCGGUUCCACUGUGCAGCAGCGAGUCAGAGUUCACAGCCAAAACUCUUACACGGGCAAGAGAAAGUAAAGUUUAAAAAGGGGUUGCUUUUGUUUUCCGAGCAGAUUUAUUUUUAGGCAGAUUCAGUACGUGGACCUACUGGACCAUUUUAAAAUAACAGGCCUUUGUUUAACCUUGCCAUUCGGAUGACUCCCAUUUUACCUCGCAGCCAAGAGACAUGUUCCUGCUGUGUGUUUUGCCGUUUUUCUUGAAAAAGGACUUAAUAAACUUAAUAGAUAAUAUCUACGAAAA